AUUUACGACGCCAGGUGGCACAGAAUUUAGAAUUUUGCCACGAUAACGUCUUCGAUUUUCCCAUUAAAAUCACCCAAUCUACCAGCCUGAUUCUCAUUAUAUAUGCGUGUACUAUGUCAAUUCAAUGCACUUAUGGAGGAUCACCCACAUUUGUUUAUUCCCCCAGCGACUUUGAUGAUGAAGGUCGGAAGUGGUGUGACUCAUUGACAAAAUCUGAGUUUGAUGAAGAACUCUGCAAGCGAUGGGAUGCAUCAAUGGAAAGUGGUCAUUUCAAAUACAAUCUCAAUGGCGUUGAAUCUCGAGUUGUACCAGGCGAUAAACGUUACAUAGUUGAGUUAAAUGAAAAGCGAUUCGCUGAAAGAAGAAAGCCACAACAAAUAGACCAUAUCUGCCAACCGUUCAAUCCGACCAAUUUUAACUUCAACAAAAUUAAGCCAGAUGAGAUAUUAUUCCAGAUGAAACGAGAGCAGGAUGAUGCGAAAACUCCCCAAAAUUUAGUGGUCAUCAAUGUAAGUCCGCUGGGGUAUGGACAUGUGUUGUUGGUCACAGAUGUUGAAAGCUGUACUAACCAGGUCCUGACAGAAGAUGCCAUUAGGUUUGGAAUUGAAACAAUGCUACUAUCUUCAUCGCCUGCAUUCCGUGUUGCAUUCAACAGCCUGCGUGCCUUUGCAUCCGUCAACCAUUUACACCUCCAUGCCUGGUAUUUGCAUCAGAGUCAGAUUAUUGAAACUAUGGAUGCUACUGAACUAGGUAAUGGCUGCUUCGAGUUAACAGAAUCUCUUGUCCAUGGAUUUGCGUUUCAACUUGCUGGUCAAGACAUCGCUAACUUAUGCAAAAAAAUCCACAGGAUCACAUCCUACUUCAUUGACAACAACUUUGCGCAUAAUAUGAGUUUGACAAGAGGGAGAGCAUUUGAUGACCAUAAUAAACAAACCGUCCGAAUCUUCCUAUGGCCCAGACAAUCAGUUUCAGUUCCUUCCAAGGCGGACAACCCAUUUAAUGUUGCUGCUGCUGAACUAUCGGGGCAUUUACCAAUCAGAGAUAGGGAGAAUUUCAAGAGUAUCACUGAAGAGGUUAUAGACAGAGCUCUUGAAAAUGAAUGCCUGCCACAUGAUGUCUUUAACAAGAUAAAGGAAGAUGUAAUGAGCUUGAUGAAAGUGUGACCAAGAAUGUUAGAAAAGCAGGUUAUUUACCCGACCCGAUCGGGAACCAAAGGUCCACAAGCCAGAUGCCAAUAUCAAUGUUUGGUUCCGAGAAAAUAAUAUCAUUGUUCUUGUUAAUCUUGGAAGAAUUAUAA